ACCUCAUCUUAGAAUCAGUUUCAAUCAGGACCAAUACGUUUCAGUACCAAUACGGACCAGUAUGUUAAAACUGCUGCGUCUUUGUAUUUUCACUAUCUACGUUAAAGUGGCAAUCUCUCAAGACUAUGGAUUCUAUCAAAGCCCAACUAAUCUAGGAAGUGGUAUAAAUUUUUAUGGACGAAGACCAGACGCAUCAACCUUAAAGAUUCCAGAAGUACUAAUAUUUGAUCCAGGUGACUGUUCAGGAGAUUUCAAUACUGGAGGAAGCUCAUUUUUCAACGAUCCUGGAAUUUGUUGUGAAGGUGCUGAGCCAAUCCAGUGUAAUUAUUCGUUUCCAUACCGGAAGUACGAUGGAUCAUGCAACAAUCCUUACAUUCCACGGCUCGGCAUGGCAGAAAUGUGCUUUCUAAGAUUGACACCAGCAUAUUAUGAAGGCAAAGGUGGCAUUCGAAAAUCAGUCACUGGUGAUCCUUUGCCGCAGCCUAGGAAUAUCUCUCUGAAUAUCUUGAAGAAUAGUCGCCAACCUACUAGAGAAGUAACUUACUUAUUUACGGCGCACGGACAGAUCAUAGCACACGAUCUAAGUCGAACUGUUACACCAUCAACGGAAUGUUGUGCUCCAGAGAAUGCAAGAAAGGCCGAAUGUCUUCCCAUUUCAAUACGGCCAGACGACCCCUUCUAUUCUCAAUUUAAUGUAACUUGCAAUGUCUUCCAGAGGAGCGUACAGUGCAGAUUCUGCAAAACUGUGCACAGAACGCAGAAAAAUGAUGUCACUGCUACCUUAGAUGCUAACAUCGUAUACGACAUUAAUGAAGAACAGACCAAACGAUUAAGAACUAACGAUGGAACAGGCAAAUUAAGAUCUACCUGUAUAAAGAAAGGCUACCUGCUGCCAGCUGGGAAGGAUAAGAGGGAUCCAUUCUGUCCUAUAGGGCAAGAUUCGAAUUGUUUUCUGGCAGGCGAUCCACGAGUGAAUAUGCACGCAUCAUUGACAUCUCUGCAAACCAUUUUGAUGAGAGAGCACAACAGACUUGCCACGAAACUGAGAGAAAUAAAUCCUCACUGGGGAGAAGAAAAGUUGUUUCAAGAAGCCAGAAAGAUCCUUAUAGCAGAACAUCAAUGCAUCACCUACAAAGAGUAUCUACCUAUUCUGCUGGGCUCUCGAAUUGUUGAAGUAUUCGAUUUGACUGUCAAAAACGGUGCAAGGGGGACAACAUAUUACCCCCAGAUUUUACUUGCCACUUUUCAAGAGUUCAGUGGGGCAGCUUUCCGGCUUCAUAGUAUGGUGCCACCUUACAUCGGAUUAUCAAACUACCGGUUCAAGGACACGUAUUCGAAUCCAAGUAUGGUUCGCCAAGGAUGCAUUUUGAAUAUAACAGCAAGCUCUUAUCAAGUGCUGUCUGAAAAGUAUGAUCACUUCAUGGCUAUUGAUCUUUCAGAUUACUUGCUCCAACAAUCUGGAAUGCUGUAUGGACAUGAUUUAUCAGCAAAUGACAUUCAGAGAGGAAGAGACCAUGGAUUGGCUCCAUAUGUGGAAGUGGUGAAAUUUUGUUCUGGUGGAACAAUUAUAAUCUCUUCUUUUGAAGAUCUUUAUAAACGUUCAUUGAUGCCAAGGGGAAAUAUUAUGCUUUUGAAGAGCAUUUAUAGUGACGUGGAGGAUGUGGACAUGUGGGUAGGAAUGCAGAUGGAAUAUCACUAUCCUGGAUCACUUCUAGGGCCAUCAGCGACCUGCAUCAAUGCCAUUCAGUUUUAUUCCGUGCAAAAAGGAGACCGGUUCUAUUUCGACCAUGAAGGCCCAGAAGCUUCUUUUACGAAAAAUCAAAGAAGUGCUCUUAAACAAUGUUUCAUUUCUCGGGUUUUAUGUGACAACACUGAUAUUGAACACAUCACAAGACAUCCAUUUCUUCUUCCCUCCGACAGUAAUCCUGACGUAUCGUGCAAAGAAAUUCCGAAAAUUGAUUUAACUCCUUGGAAGGAAAGCAUCACUAUGGAAGAUGUAUCUACAAGCUGUUGAUUAUGAUGUUUUCUAUUAUGGAUACAUGGAUACUGAUUAUUCUUACGAACAUUCUUCUAAGAAUUUUCGAAACAAAGAAAGCUUAUGGAUUUUUUACGAUCAUAAGAGUUGAACAAAUUACGAAGAAAAGUGUUUUGUUAGAUAUUAGCAAGCACUUCCGGUUCGGCUGGUAUUAAA